AAACGUAGGAAUCCGAAAAAAUCCCUUUUUCAAGGAGAGGUGCGAAACUGCAUUAGCCCCCUUUCUUGCAACAGAAACUCGUGUGGUCUUUUUUUUAUGAUGAGAUUAAUUUCGCAUUACACCGUUGAAUAUCUUGAUAAUCAACAUGAAAGGAAUUAUUAAAGUUACCCAAAGAAAAGAAAAUAGAAAACUUCUUCGUAAAUUGAAGAAGUUGAAAAACGUAGCAUUUUCUCAAAGGAAACAAAUUCCAACUUUAGAAAAUAUAGAUAAUUCUAAAGCAUCUGAAGAAGCAGAGCAACAAAAGAAAAGGAAUGCUGUGAGAAAUAAAAAAAGGAAAAUAUCACGUAAAAAGAAAAAAAUGAAGCUAAAAGAAUUACAAUUAAAUCCAGUUGAGAGUGAUGAUGACAAGGAAAGUGAAGAGGAAGAAGACACUAAUGUACAAAUGAUCAGAAAACGACAGGAUCAGGCAGCUAUAAAAAAUGAAGAGAAGGCCAUUAAAGAACUUGAAAAGAAGCUUGGUCUGAAGAAAAGAAAGACUCUACCUCAGUCGUUUAUAGAUGAUGGCUUAGGCUAUAUUCUUGAUGUGGCUGGAGAUUUUAAAAAUUGUGGCCUUCCCCUCAAAAAGGUAAAUGGAAAUGAUUCUGAUUCAGACAGUGAUAAAUCUGAAGAUGAUGAAAAGAAAGAUAGGGAUUCAGAAAUGGCUGAUGAAAAUUGUGAUGAUGACAAUGAUGUUGAGGAUGAUGAUUUUGACAAUGAUGAUGAUGAUGAUGAGGAGGAGGAGGAUGAUGAUGAUGAAGACAGUGAAAGUAUUCCAGAACUUGUAGAAGAUACUAAAACCAAACAGGCUCCCAUUUUGAAAAGGCCAGCAACAGAAGACUGUUCAGAGAAAUCCAUAAAAAAAAAGGUCAAAUUUGAUGAUUCAGUCCCAGUGCCAAAGGCAAAACAAGUGAAAUUAACUGAGCAAAGUAAUGAUUCUUUGAAAGAAGACAUUUAUGGUCGGUUACGAGACGCUGAUGGAAAGGUUGUGAAUUCAAAACCAACUGGUUACAUACCUCCAGCCUUGCGACAGAACUUAUCUGAUGCUAAUGCUAUAGAUGCAAAACUAAAUAAACAAAUGAAAGGACUUGUUAAUCGAGUUAAUGAAGCAAAUAUGGCAAUUAUGAGUAAUCAACUUGAAGAGAUGUACAAUUGUCACAGUCGAGCUAUUCUGAAUAAAUGCUUCUUUGAAAACAUUUGUAGCACUGCAAUUCGACCGGAGUCAAGUCUGGAUCGUCUCCUACUGGAGCUGGCCCUACUUAUUGUUAUUAUUCACAGCAAUGUUGGUGAGGAAAUUGGUGCCUAUAUAAUUCAAAAUUUGGUAGAAAAUAUGCAUAAAUACCGAAAGAAAAGCAAUGGUAAAGAGCUGAACAAUGUUAUUACUCUGAUGUGUUGUAUGUUUAAUUUGAAGAUAUUCCAUUCUACUCUGUUGUUUGACCUGAUCAGGUUAUUUAUGGAUUCUUUUCAAGAAAAAGAUGUGGAAAUUCUUUCAAUAAUAUUCAAAAAUUGUGGCUUUGGAUUGCGUAAGGACGACCCUACACAGCUAAGGGAGGUAAUUUCAUGUAUUCAGCAAAAAUCUAGCACUGUCAAUAUCGACAAUUUUGAGGAACCAGGACGGAUGCGGUUUAUUCUUGAUACUCUUCUGGCUGUUAAAAACAACAAUGUUUAUAAAGGAGAUCACCAAGAAAGAUUUGAACUGUUACAGCGUUUUACAAAAUUAGCCAAGCAUUUAAUUCGAAACAAAUCUAUUGGUGAUAACCAACUGCGAGUGACUCUGAGUGAUUUACAAAAUGCAGAUACAAAAGGUCGGUGGUGGAUCGUUGGAUCUGCAUGGUCUGGAGAAACAGAAGAUUCAAAAAAAGCUGAUGAAGAGUCAAUUCCAACAGGAAGUGAAGAAGUCAAAAAUUUUCUAGAAUUGUCAAGGAAGCAACGUAUGAAUACAGAUAUCCGAAGAAAUAUAUUCUAUACUCUAAUGGCUAGUGAGGAUUUUGUUGAUGCCUUUGAAAGACUUCUUAAACUCAAACUAAAACCAGUACAAGAAAGGGAUAUAAUUCAUGUUAUUGUUGACUGUUGCAUUCAAGAAAAAGAGUACAAUCCUUACUAUGCACACCUUCUUCAGAAGUUCUGUGAAUUCCACAGACGUUUUCAGAUGACAUUUCAAUUUAAUUUGUGGGAUAAAUUGAAAGACAUGCCCAGUUUAACAGAAAUGAUGAUGUCAAAUUUAGCCAAAUUGGUUUCUCACUUGAUAGUAAGCAAAGCUCAGUCUUUGGCUUUAUUUAAGGUUUUGGAAUUUGGUACAUUGGACAAACAAACAGUUUUUUUCUUGAAGGCUGUUUUAUUGGACUUAUUUGAAAAUAACCCAAGCCAUGUAAUAAACAUGGUAUUUGAACGCAUUGCCAUACAAACUAAUCUUUAUAAAUUCAGAGAAGGACUGCGUCUGUUCAUAAUGCAUUUCUUAAUUGGUCGUAAAAAGAAGGCCAAAUCUCCAACUGUUAUAAAGCAGUUGCAAGAAGCUGUACAAUUGCUUUCAAUAUCCCAUUCUACUACUUUAUUGUAGUACAAUUAAUUGAGAUUACUCGACAACAAUAAAGACUGUGAUAGUAA